AACUAUGUGUAGUAAAGCUAUAAGGUCUCUUUUUGCAAUAUUUUGCAUAUAAAAUUUUAGUCACGUGAAAUAAAGUGAUUUUUGAAAAGUUGCAAACCCCGACAAGGAGACAUCAUUCUAUAAAGCUGUUUGAUAUUACCAAUAGAAUUGUAAUUGAAUUAUCAGACGAUUAUAAUCCAUUGAUUUCAUAUAUUCAUCUCCAGAUAUACUUCACAUACCAUGUUGUCCAGAACUUUAUUACGUAGUAGAAUUGCUGCUCCAAGAGUUAAUUCCUUAGGUUUAAGAUUUUAUUCAUUCUCUCAAGAAGAGCAACCAAGAAUUAGAAUUGGAUCCACUGCUCCAAAUUUCGAAGUUAAUACUACUCAAGGUAAGAUUGAUUUCCAUGAAUAUAUUGGUGAUAAAUGGGCUGUUCUCUUUUCUCAUCCUGCUGAUUUCACUCCAGUUUGUACUACUGAAUUAGGUGCCUUUUCCAAAUUAAAACCAGAAUUUGAUGCUAGAGGUGUUAAAUUAAUUGGUUUAUCAACUGAAGGUGUUGAUAGUCAUAAUCAAUGGAUUAAAGAUAUUGAAGAAGUUGCUACUGAAGGUGAAAAAUUCGGUUUCCCAAUCAUUGCUGAUAGUACUAAAGAAGUUGCUUAUAAAUACGAUAUGGUAACUGAAGAUGAUUUUAAAAAUCUUAAAUCUGGUAUGGUUGCCACUGUUAGAUCAGUAUUUGUUAUUGAUCCAGCUAAGAAAAUUAGAUUAACCAUGACUUACCCAGCUUCUACUGGUAGAAAUACUUCUGAAGUUUUAAGAGUGGUUGAUGCUUUACAAUUAGCUGAUAAAAGAGGUAUUGCUACUCCAGUUGAUUGGACUGAAGGUCAAGAUGUUAUCAUUCCACCAACUGUUUCAAAUGAAGAUGCUAAAGCUAAGUUUGGUGAUUUCAAGACUGUUAAACCAUACUUGAGAUAUACCAAAUUAAACUAAACUAUUUGCUAGAGUUAAGACACAAUCAGGAUUUUUAUACAUGUACUUACUUUGAAUAUAUAGUGAAGAAUUUUCAGUAGUUAUCGUGUAGAUAAUGGUAGUUAUAUCCAUCAUCCACUAAUGAACUAAGAUUAUGUUGUAGCUAUAGUGGAUAAUAUAUAUGGAUAGAUAAACAAAAAGACUGUCUAAUUAGGAUGAUCCCUUUAAUACCAGGACAUGACAAAAAUUAA